AUGUUUAAUACAUCGGUGAAUAUCUCUUCACAAGGAGAAGAUUUGAAAUUGAUAGCAACCAUUUUGACAAUAAUUACAAUAGCCUUUGCGUCUCUAAAUGUUCUAUCUUGUACAGCCAUUGUUCUUCGCUUGGUCUAUUAUGCGAAAUGUCAAAAAUACAAUGCAAAACAUUCUGUCCGUCGUGUUGGUAUUCUUCACUCAAUAAAUACUUUCAUUCAUAUCGAUGGUCAAUGUUUGGUCGUUCUUAUUAUGGCUAGUAGAACUUUAUACAGCGAUUUCUACAUGGUUGAGAAAGAAAUCAAUUCACCACCAUCAUGGCAUUGUCGUUUGUUAAAUUAUUUCGUUAGUAUGUUUGCAGCCGGCAUUUAUGGGACGUGCUUCCUACAAGCACUCUUUCGUUUUUGGCGAAUCAUGCGACCACAUAGACGUAUAUACUAUAAAUUUAAAUUUCAUUGUCAGCUUGUUGUACUUCAUUGGAUACUGAUUAUUAUUAUAUCAAUUCCUGUUUGGUUUCGUUCGAUUUAUCUAUCAUCGGAAAACUAUUGUUUAAAUCGCUUUAGUGAUACAUGGGCGUCAAUUUAUAUCUCCAUAACAUCAGUGGUGACACCCGUGUCGGGUAUUAUAAUUGUUUACUUGAAAAUUGUUGUAUAUAUGAACAAUGUUUGGCAAACAAGAAAGCGUUGGAGACGGAUGAAGCGAGACCGUCUAAUGAUUAAAAGAAUGCUUCUAUUAGUCUUUGUUCUUUCCAGUACUAGUAGUGCUGCAGUUCUACUCUGGCUAUUGAUGUUUAUUCAGCAAAGACUUCAUCCACUUUCAUACCGAUUGCUUUGUUUAAUUAUCCAAAUUGGUAUGUUGAUGUGCAUUAUCACUUUACUGCUGGUUUCUCCACCGCUUCGACGAGCUCUACUGACAACAAAGACUCGACAGCAUCGAAAAAAACAAGAUACAAAUAGCAGUUCCGAUAAUUCCAAUCCAAAACCUGAUUGCCAUGGGAUUAUGGAAACGCAUGCUGAAUUUUUAUCGUCAUAA